AUGUUUAGUUACCUCCAGAAGCUCGAAGAAGAUAGCAGACGGCUUCAGGCUAUCACAACCCAUAACCAAACUCCAGAAACCAACCCAACAUUCACUCCCUUCGAUGAUCAAGAAACCCAGAUCGAUGCCCCUCCAUCUCUGUCAAAAGAAGAAAGCAACCUAUUCAACCCCCUCUUCGAUCGACAACCCGAAAAGCCCAUCCAUGAACGGUCCUCAGAACCAGGCUUUAUCGGUGAAGCUUCAUGCGCUGCCUUCAGCAACAGACUCCUAUCAUGCCUCGACGAUACAUAUACCCCAUCUACAGCUGGUCUGUCAAACUAUAAUCGAAUGAACACAUAUGGGAGACUACCAGUAGAUCAAGGACCGGAGUUUCCAGAACGGAUGCACGUCAAGUUACUUCUUAACGUGGCUCGAAGAUUCAUAGGGAAUUACCAUCCGUUGUUUCUAAAAGUUACGUUCAUGAAGGAGAUUGAUGCUGUUUAUCGAAGGGAAGUGGUCCCGUCGGCGCUGUGGCUGUCCAUGCGUCUCGCCCAAAGUCUCGGCAUGCACAGGUCCGCAUCUCGACACAUCACGCUUACACCCGUCGAACGAGAAAGUCGACGGCGGACAUGGUGGGUACUUUACUUCUUCGACCGCUUCUCAGCAUCAAAGCUCGGUCAACCGAUCACCGUCCGCGACGACGAUAUUGAUGUUGAGAUGCCAAGCAUGGAUGGUCUCACAAAGGACGAGAUGGCGGAGUUUCUUGAUCCGCAGAAUCUCAUUACUAACAUUAAACUUGCUAAGAUCAUUGGAAACAUCUUGACACAUAUUUAUGGUAUACCCAAAGCUACGAACGGUCUCUAUAUACAUCAAGUUCACGGUAUUUUGAAACAGCUUCGAGAAUGGCAUGACGAACUACAACCUGACAUGCGCGUCAAAGAGCGUGGUACUCCUAGACCCGUCGCAAGUCUUCAUCUUGCAUACAACCAAUGCAUUAUACAAACAACUCGCCCUGUCCUCCUCCAUCUUUUUAAGACUCAGUUUCAGCUAGGCAGUAAAGUGAGAGAAGAUGCAUCACCAAGACAGAACGUCUCUUCUAUCACUCUUGCUUUGGCAGAGAGCUGCGUCAACGCUGCACAAGCAUCGAGCCGUAUUGUGGAAGGCCUCUUCUUAGAUGGUAGCAUUGCGACCUUUGGAUACUGGGAUGCACAUCACAUAUUCUCAGCAGCUAUGAUCCUCAUCAUGUCAGCAGUCAUGAAACCCACAGCUGUCAACUCCGAUCAUCUAGAGACUUUACUAAGUGUCUUACGAUCUCUAAAGAACGACGGAAACAUCCCAGCAGUCGACUUUUGCGAGAGACUAUCAGACAUCCAAGCCCGCGUGUUGAACCUACGGGCUACAGGCCGAUUAGAUGGCAUGAGCUUUGAUAGGCCACCCCCAAUUAUACAAACACCCAGUUCUUUGCCAAAGGAAGUCCCGCAAGCUCAAGACCAGCCCUUCCAAACACCAAUGAGUAUGGACAAUGGGUCUGGGGUAGUUUCUUGGACGGGAAUCAAGUACAGUGGCUAG